AUAGAUUAGAAACCUUCUGUCAUUUUCUAUUAAACGUGCCAGUCUUUCUGCCAGCCUGUCCUCUACAGCAAUGGAAGGAUCCGGGGAUGAGUUUAUGAAAUAUCGCUCACCGUUGGUGUCCAGGUACGCCAGUAAAGAAAUGGCGUUUAAUUUCAGUGACAGGAAAAAGUUCACAACCUGGAGAAAACUGUGGAUCUACCUGGCCAAGGCGGAGAAGGAUCUGGGGCUGCACAUCACCGAUGCUCAGAUAAGUGAGAUGGAGGCUCACAUGGAAGACAUCGACUUCGCGAUGGCGGCCGAAGAGGAACGCAAGCUUCGUCACGACGUCAUGGCCCACGUUCACACCUUUGCUCAUUGCUGCCCCACUGCUGCUCCUAUUAUUCAUCUCGGUGCCACGUCCUGUUAUGUAGGAGACAACACGGAUCUGAUUAUGCUGCGUGAUGGCUUUGACAUCCUGUUGCCCAAGUUGGCACGUGUAAUCGAUAGGUUGGCGAACUUUGCCGAAAAAUAUGCUGACCUACCGACCCUGGGCUUCACCCACUACCAACCAGCUCAGUUGACUACUGUUGGGAAGCGUGCAUCUCUGUGGCUGCAGGAUUUGGUCAUGGACAUGCGGAACCUGCAUAGAGCUCGAGACGAUUUGCGGUUCCGAGGGGUCAAAGGUACCACGGGCACUCAGGCCAGCUUCCUACAGCUCUUCCCGGGGCAACAUGAUAAGGUGGAGGAAUUGGACAGGAAGGUGACUGAGAUGGCUGGUUUCAAAAAAUCUUACCUGGUUACAGGACAGACAUACAGCCGCAAAGUGGAUGUUGACUGUUUGACUGUGCUGGCCAGUCUUGGAGCCACCAUACACAAGAUUUGCACUGAUAUUCGUCUUCUGGCUAAUCUGAAAGAGAUUGAAGAACCAUUUGAAAAAGAGCAGAUUGGUUCAAGUGCUAUGCCGUAUAAGAGAAACCCGAUGCGCGCCGAGCGCUGCUGCAGUCUGGCUCGUCACCUGGUGGCGCUGGUGUCUGAUCCUCUGCAGACUGCCUCAGUGCAGUGGCUGGAAAGAACUCUGGAUGACAGUGCAAACCGGAGAAUCUCUCUGCCGGAGUCUUUUCUUACAGCUGACAUCAUCCUCAGCACCCUGCAGAACAUCACUGAGGGUCUGGUCGUCUACCCUAAGGUUAUCGAGAGGCACAUACGACAUGAGCUUCCCUUCAUGGCCACUGAGAACAUUAUAAUGGCCAUGGUGAAGGCAGGAGGAAACAGACAGGAUUGCCACGAGAAGAUCCGGGUGCUGUCUCAGCAGGCGGCAGCUGUGGUGAAGCAGGAGGGAGGAGAUAAUGACUUUCUGGCACGCGUUCGGAGUGACCCGUACUUCAGUCCUAUACUCGACCAACUGGACGCCCUCCUAGAUCCCAAAACCUUCAUCGGACGCGCCCCACAACAGGUGACUAGGUUCCUGUCUGAGGAAGUCAAGCCUGUACUUGAGCCAUUUAAGAGCAAGAUGGAUGUUAAGAUUGAACUCGAGCUCUGAUACGUCUCUGUAAAACUCACACCAAAACUGCAAAGACAAUGAUAACAGUUUGAAAGGUCAGCACUUUGUCAUAGGCUGUGCAAAACACCUUUCUAGAAUCAUCUGUUAUUAACAUGUUCACCUUCUGUUUGUUGUUGUCAUGUAAUCAUGUCAUCAAAAUGUCAAAUUGUCUUUUUUCUGUAAUAUGAAUUAAUUCAUUGUAUUACAAGAUGAUAAUAAAUCAGUGAUGGUGA